AUGGCUUAUCCGCAAGAGACCUUCACGCGGACGUCGCUAAUUCCAGGAUCUCUAAUCUGGCAGAGGCGCGAAACAGCCGCCCGCAAGACUCUUCUCUACCAGCUCCAAGUAUUGAAAGACACGGGUCGAUAUGAUGCCUUCAAGCUGCAGUGGCAUCCUUCAUACGCCGAUGCUCCUGACGUCUGGCCGAUACCUAACCAUCUCUUCUGGGAUUCGGACGUUGGCAAAUGGAUCGAAGGAGCAUGCUAUUUCCUCCACGACCAUCCGAACCAAGAGAUUUCUUCGGCCGUUCACGAGCUGACUCAAAUGAUCAUCUCCGCCCAGCAACCAGACGGCUAUCUGAACAUCCACUUCACCGUCGUCGAACCCGGGAAGCGAUUUACGAACAUCCGCGACUUUCACGAACUUUACAACGCCGGUCAUCUUAUCGAAGCCGCUCUUGCGCAUCAUCGGCUCUACCAAAAUAAUGACCUUCUUGAACCUCUGCUCAAGUAUGUCGAGCUCUUGUGCCGUACAUUUGGACCUAAGGAAGGCCAGAUACCGGGCUAUCCAGGUCACCCGGAGAUUGAGCUCGCGCUUCUUCGGCUGUGGCAGCGCACGAGGGACCCUAAACAUCUCGAGCUUGCGAAGUACUUCAUCACGGAACGAGGCAGACUUGGCGCCAACGGCGAGCAUUACUAUCGUGUCGAAGCAAAGGCACGAGGCGAAGGACCUCACGCGAGGAUGCCGUACUGGGGCGGCGGGGACCCUCUCUGCUACUACCAGGCACACAAACCGAUCACCGAACAGAAGACAAUCGAGGGACAUUCCGUACGCGCCAUGUAUCUUCUGACUGCGGUCUCCGACUUGGUAGGCAUGGAACCGGCCACGACCGCAUGCUUGAAGGAAGCUGUCUACAGACUGUGGCACAACAUGGUGGGGUGCAAAAUGUACGUGACAGGGGGCAUCGGCGCCAUCAAGCAAUGGGAGGGAUUCGGUCCGGAUUAUUUCCUGCCGCAAGGGACCGAUGAAGGCGGCUGCUAUGCCGAGACCUGCGCGGCCAUUGGUGUCAUGAUGCUUGCCGACCGCAUCUUGCAGUACGACUUGGACCGCCAGUUCAGCGACGUGAUGGAGCUGUGUCUCUACAACGCCGUGUUGACGGCCAUGUCGCACGACGGGACCAAGUUCACGUACGUCAACCAGCUGGCGUCCAGUGAACCAAAUCCGUCGACCCGCGAGGAGUGGUUCACGUGCGCCUGCUGUCCGCCCAAUGUGCUCAGGUUGCUGGGCCAGGUGGGCGGCUACAUAUACUCGCGCGCCGAGGGUCAAGAACAGGUGAAUGUUCAUUUGUACAUCCCCAGCGAGCACAGAUUCCAGUCUGGCGAUGACCACCCGGUGACGUUGGUUCAGAAGAGCGAUUGGCCGUGGAAGGGACAAGUCGAAUUCGAACUGAAGACCGAGUCGUCGCGUGUCAGCGUGGCUCUCCGAAUCCCAGGCUGGGCCAGAUCGUGGAAGAUCAGUCCUUCGCCGCCGACGACAGACCUAGAGAAGGGAUACCUGAUUCUUCCUGCUGAUUGGGUGGCCGCCAAUCCUCGCUUUACCCUCACGGUCGACAUGUCACCUCGCCUGGUCGCGCCUCAUCCCUACACGAAUCAAGAUAUCGUCGCCCUAAUCCGCGGCCCCAUAGUGUACUGUGUCGAGGAUGUCGACAACGCGUGGGUGAAAGAUCAUUUCAAAAGCGUGCAGCUUGACCCGGCAUGCUCAGUGGGGGAGAAGGUCGUGAGCGAUGCGACCACGGGGGAUCAAUACGUGGCACUCACGGUCGCCAAGGACGCAAGCAUAGUCAGGAGGGAUCUCAUCCAUGCUGAGCCGGGAGUCGAUGUUGAUCUCUUAGAUGGCGCGGUUCGCGCAGGUGGCAGCGUCAUCGACGAGUUGAACUUCAUCCCCUACUACUUCCGAGCGUCUCGUGGUGGCAGCGGACAAAUGAGAGUUGGUUUGAAAAGAUGGCAUAGAUAG